AUGUAUAUGUACAACGGUUAGGUACCAGUCGUGUUGGAAACGUACGAUCCCCGGUGGCACGAGUGAGUGCAGGGAUUCAUGUGUAGGUGCGAAGUCGGGGAGGACUUGGCCUGCGUUUCGUGGAUUGUGAGAGGAAUAUCGUUUAGUCACCGUCCCGCCCACCCCCUUAGAGAGAAGGGUUGAGGAGACGUGCGCGGAAGUGCUAGAGCCAAUUUCGAUUACCAAUUGUGGUUCCUGCUGCUUACGAUGACGUUUCCAAUGUCCGCUAACGAAUCUUUGUAAUUGCACGGGUCUCUUUCCUCCAGUAGCUCAGACUUUUUAACCAGCGACCUGGAUUUUUUUCCAGAUUUAUCCAUUAACGUUUUCUUGGUGAUGAGAAUGAAAAAGACGGUCGAUUCUAUCAUUUGCAGUUAUCCCGAAAACUCUUCUCAAGUUUUUAGUCAAGUCUUUUGGAACCGAGUCCUAUGUUAAGAUUUCAUAGUAAAAUCUAUUUAACAUUUUUAAUUCUGAACUCGAGCAUUGCUCGGAGUACAUGUUUUAAACAAACGAAUGAAUUCAGAGAACAGCUAAGGGCGCUUCAACAGAAGAAACAGAACUAAAUAAAUGGUAAUUAAAGACUCAGAAAUUAAAGACUUCAGGCUGCUGAAAGCACCAAGAUUAAUCGAGAAAUUGUACGUGUUAUAAGAGACAUUUCCUUCAUUUAUAAGCCAAGGAACAUAGUAACAUUGACUAUUCUAUGACUUGUUUCCCAAUUGUUCGGUAGGUUUAAAUUCUAUCCUCGCGGUAAAACGCCGAAUCGGUCGUUUCAGUGCACUUCCAUAUGCAUUUACAGUCGCAAUCCGAAUAAUGAAUAAACCUCGUGACUUUCUUAGAUGCGCGUACCUCGCUAUUUCUUUUUAUCUAAAAGAAUUCCACAACCUUUUUUUAAUGUCAUCAACGCAGUGGCGGGAAAAUUUAUCUCCGCUGGCGAAUUAUUCGCGCAACCGCGAGAGACUACUGCAUCAAGUAAGUUUAUGAUUUUCACGGGUUUGCAAGCUAACGAUGCUCUCCGUACGGUUUGUCGUGAAUCUUAUCUAUAGAACAGCGUAAAGUUUACAGUGUAAAGUAACUUAGCCAUAGCUGACAUUACACGUUUCAACGUUCGCCUACGUAAUUUGAUCCUCACGUUUUGCACGGUCCAACUUUAAACUUCUAAAUUAAUCUUAUUAAUAGCCUGAUGUUAAUCGAGAUUUACAAGAUAUGUAAAAACAUGCACUUUUUGUCUUAAUAAAUUAAAGAUUUAAAUUACUAAUAAAUUAAUUGAUUUUACAUUCCCUGAUGUUUAUCGAUCCUGUUUACCGCGCAUGAAUAAUUUUUAUCUUUCAGCACGUUCCACUUUGAGCCGUGUAAGUCGUUACUUUGCUAUUUCCUCUUCCAAAUCUAGGCGUAUCGCGUUCAAGGUUACGUCCCGCAUGCAAAUUCGCGAUUAUUUUGCGGAACUCUCGUACAUCUCUUUCGCGAAACCGCCGCAAAAUUUAUUGGCUUUGACGACAGAGAGGCACGAGACGUACGAGCUUCGAUUUGUCGAUGGUGAGAAUUAUUUAGAAUAGCAUGGACCGAAUCCACAGAGGGUUGGACGAUUAUCGCGCGAGGACAGACGACGCAGAGCGAGCAAUUCGGUUUCUAAAACGGGUGAUCCCCGAACUGGGCGAUUUCCCUACCAUGUGUGUUACGUCUCGACAUUAAUUUGCAUCCUCGAUAAUCCUUUAUUUAUAACCUCCAAUGAGUUUUAUUAGGAAUAGGUGGCCAGCCAGCUGGGUAGGUAGGUAGGUAGGUAGGUAGGUAGGUAACGAAUACCAUUGGUAGUUUUGCAGGAAUUGGCACGGUAGUGCACUCACACGCUGAGCAUAAAAGUGGUAAAUAGACGUCGGUACGCGAGGAAUUGAGAGAAAGAGAGAGAUAGUGAAUGAGGGGAUAACGGCGGUGCAAGGAGACUGAGGAGAGGCGGCGACCAAGGGGGUUGGAUUCGAGGGUGAGAUUCGACAGACACUGUGGACAGAGACAGGGCCGAGGGCAGGGGUAAGGGCUGUGGCUGGGGCCGGAUAGUCGGACCUGACCAAGAGAGAUAGAAAGAGAGAGAACGAUCUCCCUAACGGGGUGGUGGUAGGUGCCAGUAGGGCUGGUAGGGGCUGGAGGACUCCGGGACAGUAUGUGGAGGGGAGUCUUUGCACGGAGAGGGAUGAAGAAGAGGGAAGAGAGGUGCGAGGGGAGAGACGGAGGUCGAGAGUCGAGGGCUGCCUCACUCUGCGGCUCCCGCCGCUCGGGAGCAGACACGCGGGGCCAAAAGACUAAUUUGAACUAUUUUAUUAACAAAAACAAAAACAUUACAUAUUUGUAAAUAACACUACUAACAACUGUAAACACGAAACAACAACACAUUUCUCCUAAGGACUCUCUUUAAAUCUUACACCCAUAAGACAACCGUCUGUAAAAAGAAAGAAAGGGAUAGGAAGGAAAGAAGGAAAGAAGAAAGAGACGAGUGGAAAAAGCGCGCGCGGCUGGGCAGAGAGAAAGAUAGAGAGGAGAGUGAAAGAGAAAGUGGGAGAGAAUAGGAGAAGGAAAGAGAGGGACGUAUGACGAGGUAACUCCGGUUUUCUUUUUCAAAGUAAACGUGUAAUACAAGUCCACAAUUCACACAAGCCAAUACACAGUAAAGAAGAAACAAAUUACAAAAGAGUCAAAUCGUCUAUUUUCUGAAGUUAUUCCUCAGUCGGACUGGUGCGCGGCGCGGCGGGAGUGAAGAAGACGAGACGAGAGUAUAAACGCGCGAGAGAGAGAGAGAGAGAGAGAGAGAGAGAGAGAGAGAGAGAGAGGGAUCGCGAAAAACAAAAUCAUAAAAAAGAGAGCACGCGUCGGCUGCUACGGGAUAAUCGCAUUUUAAGUUCUCUCUGUACUGUGUGACCCUUACAUUAUUUUGUCCCUCCGAUAGGGACGGGUUCAGUGUUGUAACUUAGAAUAUAAGAAGACUAAAACGAGCUCCAGAACGCACAACAAAAGAUAGAAAAAGUCAGAAAGAAAAAGAAAGAGAGACAAAGAAAGAGCAAAGAGAGACCUGGGAUUCCGGAAGCGAGAAGAAGAAAGAAGUCGGAAAGGGAAGAAUAGUGUGUGGUUGUGACUGGAAACGCGUCCGCGUCCUGGAACAUCCACGAGAAACGAAAAAAGAGAAUCGGAAUCGCGAGCAGCAAUCAACGAGGGACAGGAGGAAGAAACGUUCACGAAAAAAGACGGCUCCGAGCGUCGUGUAGAGAUUCAGUGGAGCUCCAAUUUUUUAUACUAGAAAAAGAAUCUAACAAAAAAAGGCGUGAAAGAGAGAGAGCGAAAGCGAAAGAGCGAGCGAGCGAGAGAGAGAGAGAGAGAGAGAGAGAGAGAGAGAGAGAGAGAGAGAGAGAGAGAGAGAGAGAGAGACUCAGGAGAAUCAAGGAGAGUGCGAAGGGGGAACGGAGAAUCGAUCCUGUCCGUGUUUUCGCGUGCACUUCCACGUGUGUCCUUCGAUACGACGAAACUGCGAGAACUUCCCAUUCAAAGGAGAGCUUUCGUAGAGACGGGGGAUAGCAAAACGGAGAAGUGACACGUUCGUUACACCAACGUCGAUCGAUAUCCGGUCUCGAAUAACAUAAUUCGGCUCGUGUGCACGCUCCUUUGGGGGAUAUGUCCUGCCGUUCCAGAGGGAGUCGUCGUCAUCCGGGAGCACAAUCUUCGCAACGCCGAGGACAACGUCAAUCCGAGUGCCGUCCCUGCGUCCUGGACCCUGCGGCUGGCAAGCUGUCCUGACGAAAAAAGGACCGCCCCCUCAGCUCGUCCCGAUCGAAGCAACGCGAUCAUCGACGGACAGCAGUCAUAUCAAAUACGCAAUCAUCCCCCAAACACGCGGACCCGUCGCGACAAAGGGUCCGCCCAGGAAUGCCCGCCAGGGCCCAGCCACGCUCCCGUCUCGCGUACGUUCAAGGACGAUGACGAUCGGCCAAGACGAUCGGUAAGAUCCAAGCAGCGCGGGCACGCGCCAGCGUCACGGAGAUGGCGGGCUACAAUCAUUCGAAUCCACAGCAUGUCGUCUACCACGCGACCUACCCGACGCCCCUCGCCCCAAAUGGCGACCCGAUAAAGCUUCCCGAAAAUCUGGAAACCUUGCCGCGAGCUGAACACUUUCCAACUCAGAGGCAUCGAUGGAACACCAACGAGGAAAUCGCCGCCAUCCUAAUUAGUUUUCAGAGGCACGCCGAAUGGCAAAGUCGGGAGGUAAAAGUACGACCACGAAGUGGUUCAAUGUUACUCUACUCGAGGAAGAAAGUACGCUACCGGAGGGACGGUUAUUGCUGGAAGAAGAGAAAAGACGGAAAAACUACACGGGAGGAUCACAUGAAACUGAAGGUUCAGGGAGUCGAGUGCAUCUAUGGCUGUUACGUGCACUCGGCGAUCCUUCCGACGUUUCAUCGUCGGUGUUACUGGCUACUGCAGAAUCCGGACGUCGUCCUCGUCCAUUAUCUGAAUGUCCCUUAUCCGGACGGUGAUGCGAAGCUGGCGGCCCUUCCACCCUGCCUCGCGCUGCCGCCAGACAAGAAAGAAUGGACGCGAGACGAAUUAGCAUCGCAAUUAAGGCCCAUGUUCCUCGGUGGAGAUGACGAUCCGAACAAUCCUCAUCUCACACAACACUCGAACCAUCCCGUCGACAUGAUAGUCUCUCAACUGCUCGAUAGGCAGAGAGCAUCCUCCACUUCCUCCACCAGCAACACUCAACUCGCACCUAGGAGACUUACGCCUGACAAUCAAGUCUCUUCAACUACGGGAGGUCAACAACAAUCAACGACAGCGGCUUCGGCUCCCCGCGUGUACUCAAGACAUUCCCAUUCCACUCAGAGUCAACAGCCGGCUCCUCUAGUUUUAAGUUUGCAACAAAUUCAAGGCGGUGGCGGUCUCCUGAUACUUAACAGUCAACCAUAUCAUCAUCAGCAACAACAACAACAACAGCAGCAGCAACAGCAGCAGCAGCCGCCGCAACAACAACAACAGCAGCAGCAGCAGCAGCAGCAACCGCAACAACAGCAGCAGCAGCAGCAGCAACAGCAACAGAGUCAGCAGGUAGAGAUGCAACAGGUCACAGAGCAACAAAUCGUACCGCAGACAAGCGUUGAUCGAGAACAACAAACGCAGCAAGAAAUCGAUGCGCAGGAGAGCAUGGAUAGAUCUGCUGUGCAAUCUCUACCGAUGGGCGGCUCCGGCUCCGAGGUAACCGAUUUCGCGGAGACGUUGGAUCUAAGUCAGGAAGACAUUCAAAGGACACUGUCGGCCAAUAUGGUGCCCCCGUCGCCGUCGCCUUCGCCGGCGGACAACAGCAUGAUCAAUCCGAUGGACUUUAUCGACUCUUCGGACGACGUGCUGGUCAAUCUGGACGCUUUCGACGUGUUCGGCGAUUUGCCGGAGCUGCAUGACUUCGAGGCCGAGCAAACGAAGCACGAGGAACAGCGAGGUGGUCCCGAGAAUGACGUCGGAUGUCAUCCUGGUACAACCGUCCAUAUUGCAGAAUAUAGUCCCGAGUGGAGUUACACCGAGGGUGGUGUAAAAGUAUUAGUUGCUGGUCCGUGGACCGGCGGUAGUGGUUCCCAAUCGUAUUCGGUACUUUUCGAUGCGGAACCGGUCGAGGCGUGCCUCGUGCAACCAGGUGUAUUGCGUUGUCGAUGUCCCGCACACGCACCAGGAAUAGCGUCCCUCCAGGUGGCCUGUGACGGUUUCGUCGUGUCCGAUAGCGUUGCCUUUGAAUAUCGUAGAGCGCCGACGAGCGAACCUAGCCCAGAGAAAGCUUUGCUGGAUCGUCUUGCGGAUGUCGAGGCCCGUCUGCAAGGGCCCGGUCCGCCGUCUCCUGCAGCUCAUCUGGAAGAGCGACUGGUUGCUUAUUGCCAGGAUGCUGUUGUCCGUCCUUGGCGAGCUGGAGCGGAACCUCUUCAAUCCGGUGGGCCUACUCUCUUGCAUCUGGCGGCCGGAUUGGGAUACUCCAGGUUAGCCUGUGCACUCCUUCACUGGAGAGCAGAAAAUCCUAGUAGCAUUUUGGACGCCGAGGUCGAUGCUCUUAGACAGGAUAGCGCCGGCCUUACACCACUUGCUUGGGCUUGUGCGGCAGGACACGCCGACACCGCCAGGAUUCUUUACAGAUGGAAUGCUAUGGCACUACGCGUGAGGGACUGUCAGAAUAGAACGGCGACCGAGCUGGCCGCGGAGAACGGUCACACGGCGAUUGCCGAAGAACUGAAUCAGCUCGAAACCCGAAGGCAAGACGAGAGGCUCUUCUUGCGACCCGCCAGCCCUAGCCCUAGGCGGCCAUCUCAAGACAGCGGUCUCGAUCUGGCGUUGUGUGGUUCGCCGCUGCUGGAUAACAUGGAAUUGUUGCAAGAAGAUGAGUCGUCGUUAGGCCUCAGCGAACAGGGAAUGGAGAGCGCUCCGACCCCUCAGGAGACCGUAGGGGAAGAAGACGCGAGGGUGCUGACAUUGGCAGAGCAAAUUAUAGCGGCGCUACCGGAAAGGAUCAAGAAGGCGGAGGGUGAUUCUCCGUCUUCUUCUUCGCCACCACCACCCACGGCGCCUCUCUCACCCUUGGAAGACGCUCUUAUGGAACAAAUGCCUCUCGACUCCGGGGAACUGUUUGACUCGUAUCGCGACUGCAACGGCGGCGCCGCUUCGGUCUCGGACGCCGACGCCGACGCCAGUCCCUCGAGUCCUUCCAGUAGUUGCCUGACGCCAGACUCGCCGUCUCCGCCGCCCACCACCACCGCCGAUUUCUGCGAGUUUCUGCAGCUGCAGUUGCAACUCGACAGCAACGGCAAUGCUCACAGUGGUCGGUACUACUCGAACGGCGGCGGUGAGCGUAAGUUGAACGGCAUGAUUGGCUCCGGAGCUAUGACGGCGAUCGGUGCCGGAAACGGCGACGGCAACGAGGCGGAUCUCAGCAGACUGACACUGUCUGAUCGCGAGCAAAGAGAGCUUUACCACGCCGCCAAGAUGAUCCAGAAGGCAUAUAGAAAUUACAAGGGUCGCCAGAGGCAGGAGGAGGCCGAGAGGCAUGCCGCCGUUCUGAUCCAACAGUACUAUCGUCGUCACAAACAGUACGCUUAUCACAGGCAAGCCACGAAGGCAGCGUUGGUGAUCCAGAACAACUAUCGAAGUUAUCGCGCGCGACCAGGCUCGGCCAGCGCGAGGCAGCAGGCGGUUCAUCAGCAGGCGGCACAUCAAGCAGCGAGAAAGAUCCAGCAGUUCAUGCGGCAGUCCAAAAUCAAACUGCAGAACGCCAAGGCCGUCGCAAACGGGAGCGGGAGGCCGCCAGCGGUCACUUCACGGGCGGCUGCUGUCCCCCAAAGCUCGCCCUUAUCUAGCCCAGGGGCCAGCCUAGUAGCCGCCAGCCCGGGAGUCACCUAGUUGACUGUCAGUCCAACGGCACGCGGAGCAGCGGCGACGACAGUUCGGCAGCGAAGUAACACGACCGGCGUGGCGAAGAAUCCUUUGGUGAACGACGUCUUGGAUCGCGACGUUCUGGGGGGAGGGGAGGGGGAGUAUGCGAGGUCUUAAUAACGAUCACAGUUACGAAAGGGGUACCAGACGGAUAUACGACACGGAUGAUGCAUGGUUGUUCUCUGCGUCUCUGAUUUGCGUACCUACCCGAUGGUUGACCAACAUCAAGUCUUACUCAUCUUUCAAACUUUUCUCCCUCCACACCACUGUUGAGUUGACACCUGCGUCUUCAUCCUCGACUACUCUCGUUCUUUUCGCUUGUAUCUUACGCUAUUACCGCACUCUGUACGCAUUCUCCUCGAGUAUUGGAGUAGCAGCAAAUAGGUGAACCUAUCGUAAGUGGAUUUUGCCGAGAAUCCACACGAGACCGAUCGAACCGACUGAAGAAAGCUUGUAGAGCACAGUUUUACCUUUCGCUUAAAUAUGUAAGAUACAUGUGUAUGUAGCGUAUCGUGCCUCUUCAGGAGUACGAGAACCGCAUGGUCCGACACAUACAUGGUUGACCUUUUGCUACAUCGCGAUAACAUCGAAGUUGACGAGCCGUUCCCGUAAUAUUUUAUUAAAUCUCUGUGUGCACCGAGCUGAAAAUCGCACAAAAUCGUCGCUUUCGUAGGUUCAAAUAGCUCGCGAGUUUGCCACUGACAGAUCUACGGAACCGCGCGUUUUGAAACGAAAUGUUUCUUCAGCACGAGACCACUUUGUAGAUAUGUUUCUCCUUUGAUGAUACCGAUCGACGGGCUUGAAACCUUCUUCGGAAUGAAAAA